UAACGCGGACGACGUGUUUGAAAAGCCGCACGCAUACGUGUCUACGUCGCUCACACACAACUACACAUAGUCAUACUCCGACCACGCGGACAAGAAAUAUUAAGUAAACUUACGUUUCAUAUCCGUGCGUUUUUUAUUUGCUUUUCGUGCAAUCUUUACAACGCCUUUACUGCCAACAUCAACCUCACUCGUAGGUUGCAGCAUCCUUUGCUCAGGGGAGCCAAUUUUGUGUGGACCUCCAUGGCAGACGGUAGACCUGUAGACUGGUUGGUUGGCUGGUUGAUAUAUUAAAAACUGUGAACAAAGUGAAAAGAAGUAACCCUGUUACUUUCAUCAUCAUGGUGGAUAUUAAAUCCACAUCGAACGCCGUAUGGUGGAUAAAAAACCCGUCACAACAAAGGCGACACUCCGAGUCGUUGGGCAACAAAUUCGCGAAGGAUAUGACAGAUUUAUUUCGCAAUAUAUCUUUGCAUGCUUACAAUAAAUUUGUCGAUUCGGGAUUACUUUCAUGCGAGAAAUUCAUUUGGCUGUGCGUCCAUGUGACCAUUCUUUGUUUUAUGUCCGUUGCAUUGACAUACACUUGGGAUCAAUUUGUCCUUCAACAUUUCUCCAUCAAUUUGUACGACCCAUUGUAUCCAGUACAGAAUGUUCCAUUUCCGGCCGUAUCAAUAUGUUCGAAUAAUCGCAUUUCACGUAAAGCUGCUCUCCAAUAUGCCCAGGAGCUAUCUAAACUGGAUCCUGCUAAGCAUUCGCCGGAUUAUUACAUGGAACGCAUUCUCUACUUUAACAGUUUUAACUACAGACACGAUCGAUUGGAGGGACAUUUGGAUUUUCGAGAAUUUCAGAAGUUUCUCGAUCAUUAUGGUACCAGCGACAAUGAGACAUUUUACAAUAUGUUGAAAGUCAUGGAAAGGCUAACACCGAAAUGCGAAGAUUUUAUAUUGGCCUGUAUGUUGGGUGCGAAAAGGGUGAAUUGUUUCGAAGAAAAGACCUUUCAGACCAAACUGACCAUGUAUGGACCCUGCUGCAUGUUCAACUCAAAUGAUAGCUAUAGAGAACGUACAUAUCGUACCCGUUUCUCGGGCUCAGGAAUGGGCCUGAUUGUUGUCAUGAAUACCAGUCACGCCGAUGAUAUGGCCAAUUUGCUGAGCAUGGAUGGCUAUGCUGUUAUUAUACAUGCACCCAAUCGAUUUCCUGAAAUAUCUUCGGGCAGUAGUCUGGAGGUGUUUCCCAAUAUCAACGAAGAGACGUUUAUUGCGUUGAAGGCGAGGGUUUUGGACGGCAGCGAUAAGUUGCGGUCAUUUGCUGCAUCACAUCGUAAAUGUUACUUCGACGAUGAGGUGCCGCUGGCCAAUAUGUUGGUGAAUAAUAAGUAUUCAAUGUCCAAUUGCAUAACACGUUGCCGUGCCCGUAGCGUAAUGGCCCUUUGCAAUUGCAUACCUUUCUAUACGCCACUGUCGUUGGUCGACGAAUCGGAUGGGGUACCCUUUUGUACCUUGGGCAAUAUUGAGUGUAUGCAGCAGUAUAAAUUCAAAUGGCGUAACGUGCUCACCGAACGAACCCAGAUCGAUGGGUUAGAACGGGAACGUGAGGAAGCUCUAUAUUGCACCGAAUGCCUGCCCUCGUGUAAAGAUGUACGCUACAGCGUUUCAGCUAUGGCAUUACCCAUAGAUAGUUAUACCUUCCAAAAGGGUCUCAUUGACCGUGGCUUUCAAAAAAACCAUACAGAACUAUCGGUGGUGCGUGUAUUUUUUGACGAAACGACCUCGCCGUAUUACAUGCGGAUCAUCACAAAUUCAUGGGUGGAGUCAUUGAGCACUGUUGGCAACAUUGUAUCGAUCUGCAUGGGAUUUUCCAUGGUGGCACUAUUGGAAAUAUUCUAUUUCGUUGUUAAGUAUUUAUUCAUAGCUCUGAAGAGAUAUGUCACACAAAAUGCAAAGCCAUCGAAAUGGAGGAGGAGAUUAUCACGCUUGAGCAAUGGAAAUGAGCCAUUGUAUAUUUGUCCUUGAAUGUGUUACAUCAAAAAUUAUGUGUAUUUAUUAAAAAAUAAGUUAUAUAAAUCAACUGCACUUAUUCACUUUAAAAAAUAAAAAUGUUA